AUGGCCGAGUCUGAUUCCCCUCCCCCCCAGGCCUUGGAGGCUAGCCCCGAGGAGCUCACCCUCCGCUCCCUCGUUUCCACCAAGGAGGCUGGUAUCAUCAUCGGAAAGGGUGGUGCCACCAUUGCCAACAUCCGCCAGGUCGCCAACUGCAAGGCUGGCGUCUCCAAGGUCGUCCCCGGCGUCCAGGACCGCGUCCUUUCGGUCUCUGGCGACCCCGAGGCUAUUGCUGCCGCUUACGCCGAGGUUGCGCGUCUGCUUCUCGAGACGCCCCUUUCCGACUCGUCGAUGCCUCCUCCCCCUGUCAACCAGUUCACGUCGAUCCGCCUGUUGAUCUCUCACAACCUCAUGGGCACCGUUAUCGGCCGUGCCGGUGUCAAGAUCAAGCAGAUCCAGGACAUGUCCGGUGCCCGCAUGGUCGCCUCCAAGGAGAUGCUUCCUCAGUCGACUGAGCGCGUGGUCGAGGUUCAGGGAGCUCAGGAUGCCAUUAAGACUGCCAUCUUUGAGAUCGCCAAGUGCCUUCUCGAGGACUGGGAGCGCAACACUGGUACCGUCCAGUACCACCCUGGCGCUGCGGGUGACGCCGGUGUCCUUGCCGGUGGCCUCGGUGCCCAGGCUGUCACCGGUCCCACCGGUGGCAUCCGCCGCACUUCGAUGGGCGGCUUUGGUUCGGGCUCGCCUGGACCCAACUUUAACAACUCGGACCGUCGCGUCUCCCGCGGAUCCAUCUCGGGCGGCACGUCUGGUCAGGAGCGUCGCGUUUCCGAGUCGCAGCCCGUGCUCAACGACCCCAACCUCCGCACCCAGAACAUUUCGAUCCCCAGCGACAUGGUUGGUUGCAUCAUUGGCCGCGGCGGCACCAAGAUUACUGAGAUCCGCCGUCUCUCUGGAUCUCGCAUCUCGAUCGCCAAGGUCCCCCACGACGAGACUGGCGAGCGCAUGUUCACCAUUGUCGGCACUGCCGAGUCGACUGAGCGUGCUCUGAUGCUGCUCUACUCGCAGCUCGAGUCGGAGAAGGAGCGCCGUGUCAACCAGAGCAUUGACUCUGCCGAUGCUUAA